GUUAUCCGUCUCUUAAUAACAGAACUACCAGAGAAGCUCACGUUCAGUGAUCUUCGACAUAUGCGACAGGAGGCAUGGGAAGAGACCGGCAAAACUGAGUUGUCGGAGAAUUUGAAGAGGAUGGCGCUUGAAAAUGGCCUGGUUAUUUCUGACAAUCAAGGAAAGGGAAACUGCAUGUUUUUUGCACUUUCAGAGCAGCUUGACCACGUAAAAGGAAUUAAACUCUCCCACACACAGUUAAGGGGAACCAUUGUACAAUAUCUGAGGGACAACCCUACACUGGUUAGUUUAUUUGUAUUAGUAACUUAUAGUGUUUUUUUAGUCUUCUUGAUUCUAGUUAUUUAAGGCUGCAUAACCCCCAGGGGUUGGGGUACUCACCUAGGUUUUAUACGGGAAGGCUCCGCUCCGAGGUCCAACCCUUUACCAUUUUACCUACCGUAUUUGACAGAAAAGGUUAUUACUACUACUGCAACGUAUUGUGGUACUAGCAAGGAUCAGUUACUCCCUUUUUUGGACAGAAAUUCGCUCUAAAGAGGGCAAGAAACCAUUAGCGCCGAUUACGUCAUGAAUAGGCAUCUCUCAAGAUUUCAAAGUGAGUAACACGGUAAUACUAAUUUUUAAAAAAGUAAUGCAAUGUUUAAAAACUUAGGUCGCCUAGUAUAUUAUCGAGACAAUUUAAAUGAAUCUGCCAUCAUAUGUCGUAGGUUUUGAUUGGUUGACUAAAAUAAGAAAAGACUCCAUUGCUUGAGUCUUGUCGACGAAGGAAAUAAGGGCCAUCCUACACAAAAUAGAGUGGGAUUGAUAAAUUUGUUUACUCAAUCUUCCCUCUCACUGUUAUAGUUUUUUUCUUCCAACCAUGACGUAAUCUUAAUGAGAUGCUUGUCAUGACGUCAUCGCGUUUAUGUAUUCGCGCCCUCUUUUUUAUGAGAUUCUUGUUCCAAAAUUGAAGCAAGCGGUGGCUACUAAACUACUCAACUGUCUCUCAAGGCUCCCGACCCAAAAGUUUUCGUCACCCCUUGAAAAAAAGACAGAGUUUAAUAUCGGCGAUUAUUCAACGAGUCUGGAAGUCAAAGUCAGUUUGAAAAGUUAACCAUUGAAUUUUGGAGUGGAGAAAGUAAUAAAAUAUUAUUAACAAAACCGCUGGGUUUAUUCUAGUUCAUACACUGUAUUUUUUUUGCUUAAAGUCGGAUGGGACAAAGCUCCUCGACUUUGUUGAUGGAUAUUCAUCUUGGAAUACCUACCUCACAGACAUGAUGGCAGAUGGUACAUGGGGUGAUCACGUGAUUCUUCACGCUGCGGCAAACCGUUUUACAACGUGCAUCCACGUGAUCAGCAGUCUGCCGCAUCACGAUGACGUAAUGAUUUGCCCAGAGUAUGAUGUUACUGGUGGCAACCGACUUGUGCUGGGUCACGUGAACGAGCUGCACUAUGUUAGUCUUAUUUCACAUAAAAGAGGUUAG